AUGCCUGUCUUCUCUUCAAUCUUAAAUCCCCUUUCGUUUUUCCUGUUUUCUCUCUUUUGGCAAUUGUUGGUUGAUAUAAUCAACAUUUUGAACCAACCCCAUUCGAUCUUUUUGAUAUCCCAUAGUGCUAAAACUGAGGUGAUUAAAGAGUGACGUAAAAUCAUAGAGAUCAAAAUUUUUUUGAGAAAUGAUGCGCAAGUGCAGUAGUUCUCAGGGAGACAUGGUAUUGGGCCCUUGUUCAUGUGGUCUGUUUCAUGGCGAAAACAACUCAUUCUCUAUGCUAUUUUCCAUGCCAAACCACAAAUCAUUUGAUGAAACAGACAUGUACCGUUUCACGUCCUCUUCAUCAUCUUCUGUUGACUGCACUCUCUCGUUGGGAACUCCAUCCACACGCCUUUGUGUAAACGACAGUGACAAGCGUUUGCGCCAUGGCCGCAGCUCGGGUAAUUCUUGCGUGUCUAACUUUUGCUUGGACUUGUUACAGAACAAGAACAUGCCAUAUCCACUGCAAAGCGCAAAAGAUAGCCGUGGAAGCAAUGGAAAUAGCAGUAGUAACAGCUCGGGGAAAGGCAAUGAUCCUCUCUUAGCUCGCCGAUGUGCUAACUGUGACACCACUUCUACACCGCUUUGGAGGAAUGGUCCAAGAGGCCCAAAGUCACUUUGCAAUGCCUGUGGAAUUCGAUUCAGAAAAGAAGAAAGAAGAGCAACAAAUGCAAUCAAGUCAUCAGGUGCAACAGGUUCAAUGUUGGAGCAAUUACAACAUCUUGGCUAUCAUCACCACCAGAACAAGAACAAUUCACGGGUUCAUCACUCGCAAAGCCUGAAAAUUCCAUGUUUCUCACCUGUCAAUGGAUUCAGGUUCAUUGAAGAUACUGAUCGAGAUUCUGCUACUGGCAUUUCCUUCCUUUCUUGGAGACUCAAUGUCCAUGACCUUACAAGAUAAGAAGAAAAUAGAAGGAAAAAAAAGGAAGAAGAAGAAGAAACAGAAAAGAAACCCCACCCCUCAUUGACGGUCAAGAUCAUGCAGCAAUGACUGAAACGUUUCACGAUGACGAUGCUGUGGAUGCUUAAAUGGUAGUAGGUCGUAUCUUCAUUUUUCUUUUGCAAGUGAUUCACUUUCACUUUAGGAGAUUUGAGAGAGUUCAAUUAAUUUCAGCACUGUUUUUUUUCACUGAUUUCCC